AUGACUUUAAAAGUGCGAAGAUCUGGAGAAGAUCUUUGCGAAGAUCUGGAGAAAUUACAGAAGCGAGCCCUUCAUAUCAUCUUCCCAACGUUGCCUUAUGCAGAAGCUUUGGUAGAAGCGGGAGUUGACUCAUUAUUUAAUAGAAGACAAAAACUAUUUAAUGACAUUGCAAAUGACGAAAGUCAUAAGCUUUAUACCGAUUACUACCAAGUAAGAACUUUUCAAAUUAUAAUAUGAGGAAAAAGAACAUUUUUAACGUUUCUAUUAGUAGGACGAAUAGAUUUAAAAGUAGUUUUAUACAACAUAAUUCUACAAUGUAUUUUAGAUAAAGUAAAUAUUUUAUUGUAAAGUUAGAAGCGUAAUUCAACCCGUGGGUUGUAAUGUUUUUAAUUAAUUAAUUAAUUAAACUAUCUAUGCCUUGUAUCAUAUUUAGUGUAAAUUUUUGUUUUGUAUUAAAAGGGUACUUUUGUUGCCCUUGCCCCCGUUAGAAAAGGGCAGGAGUGGCCUUUGCCCCUCCAUCCACUUAUUCUAGUUUAGUACUGAGUCAGUCAAUACUGGGUACUACUUGUUGUGGCUUGAAGUGCAGACGUUCUAUACAGUAAAAACCGCAUAAAAGAACAACUAUUUUUAUGCCAGGCUGGAGUGGUUCUUAUCUAAUAAGUUUUUGUUGAGAUAUCAGGCUGUGUUAGUUCUUAACUGGUUCCUGCAUGGUUUAGUGUUUUAAAUUAUUUGUUUGAUGUUUCCCUAAUUAGCGAGCUAUAUUGGCAAUAUUACACUAAUAAUCGCUAAUUAAAGGCCUCCGAAUUCGAUAAAGUGUAUCCUCAUUGAGUAUCAAACACAGAUUAUGUCUUUGCAUUUGUAAUGAUAUUAAAUUUUAGGGACUUCGGUGGCGCAGGCUUUAGAGUAAGCGCCUUUCACCUCUGAGAACGUGGGUUCGAUUCUCGCUACGAACUCAUGUGAAAUGAGUCUGCAUGUCAACACUCUACCGAAAGUCGUGGGUUUUCUCCGGGUGCUCCGGUUUCCUCCCACAGCCACAGGGCAAGUUGGCAGGAUGGGUUAGGAUAAACACAGUAAGGAAAGUAAUAUAUCAAUUGUUGUAACGAUAAAUAGUCUAUACAGGCUAUAAGUAAAUAACAUAAGUAAUGGUAAUACUUGAUGUAAUAGGUCACUGAAAAGCCCCAAUGGGAUUUCAUAAUAUACCAUAAAACUAUAUUUACAUUGAUAAACCUCGCUCAUAAAGGUAGUUUAUCGAUGACUUAAAAAAAUAUUUGGAUUAAAUAAAUUUUAAUUUUAAAAAAAUAUUUGGAUUAUAUAAAUUUACAAAAAUAAAUUAUUUAAUAUCGUUCAAAAUUUUAAAAGCUCUGGGCUAGUCCAGUCUUUGUUUCGUUGAUAGAAUACAUAAUAUGAUGCGCGAACAGGGGCGUAGGAAGCGGGGGGGGCACGGGGGGCACGUGCCCCCCCAAAUUUUUUUAAAGGACUAAAAGUGCCCUUUUUUUGUGAUAAAAAGUGCCCUUUUUGUGUUGAAAAGUGCGCUUUUUUGUGAGGAAAAGUGCCCCUUUUGUAGAAGCUAAUGUCGCUGUAAAUACUAAAUUAAAACAAUAGGUGCCGUUUUUGUGUGGAAAUUUACAAAUUUUUUUUAAAAAUUAGGUCACAAACUUAAAUUUCGGUAUGAUACGACGGAAAAUUUUCCUCAGGAGAAAUUUCUCUCCGACAACAUUUCCGGGGAAAAUUUUUUAGGUGCCCUUUCCGAUAGUAAUGUGCCCCUACAAGCCGGUGCCCCCCCCAAACUCCAGGUGCUUCCUACGCCCCUGUGUGCGAAUACAAGUAUAGCAAUGAUUUUCUUUUUAAUGUAUUUAAUUUGUUGUUCAUCGAACUUCAGUUCCUUGAGCAUAUCAGUUAAGGUGUUCGUCGAUUGACCAAAAACACCUAGCGAGCUUAUGGAUACAUUAACAAAUUUUACCUUAUCAUAGUUACUUUCUUGAUCUGAAAUAAGCGGCAAGUAUUUUUUAUGUUUUCGAUCUGAGUUAGAGUUAAGAUUUGUUUCAAAGCCAACAGUCAGUUCCAAAACAUAUAAAACUUUAUUUUCAAUUGCCAAGAGAAGGUCUGGACGUAACUGAUCACCAGUGAUAACUGACGGAGUAAUAAAGCCAGGCAAAUCUACGUAGAGUUUGGAUCGCUCGACACUCAUAAGGCUGGAUGCAAUGAAGUUCAGGACUGAAUUAAGCCGCCACGUAAGUCGCCCUUCAUCUAGAUAUGCUUUACAACCAGAGAUGACAUGCAGGAGUGACUCAGGAGAGGAGCAAAAGGAACAAUCAGCAGACGAUGAAAGACCCCAUUUGACCAGGUUUUUCCGAGUAGGGAGGGAAUUGAUAUAUAACGGACAGUGAAAUUAAAUAUAUUUUUCGGAAGUCUGGAUUGAACGGAUGACCAUAAGGAAUUGAAUGAUGACGUGAAUUUUUUAUGAUACUUGAGAAGAAAGAACCUUGUGAGAUAAUUAGGUGGUUUUGUAGUCUCUGUUCAUUUUCAUUCCUAUAAAGGCUUUCAAUUAAGACAUCCUUCGUAUUUAUAUAUAUAUUUCUAAAAUUCAUGAAUAAUUCAUGAGCUAAUUAGCCAAUGAAUUUCUUAAAAUCUCGUCACAUGAUGACCCUUAUAUACCGUGAUAUAGAUCGGUGUGUGCUGAUUUAAAAUUCAUAUAUAGACUACACGUACCUUUAUGACAAAGGUACAUGUACCUUUAUGAAAAUUCUUUAACAAAAUGUUUAUUAAUCUGUUCCUAAUAAAAACUCAAAUAUUCGAGAAAUCAAUAAAUACUUUAUUUUCCAAAGUUAGAGGUAAUGUUACAAUUGUUUAACACGGGAUUAACAACCCUUUCAUUUUGAUUAGAUGCACACCACUUUAAACUCUUUAAAGCCAACAAACUUGCUUAACCAAAAUGCUAAAGACGCUUCAUUCAUCUCCGCCAGCGAUGUAGUUAAUGUCUGGAUUGGGCCAAUAUCAUCAGUUUCAUGACCAGCAUCGUCAAUCUUCACUUCUUUAACCUUUCUAGCAGCUCUCCAGGAAUAAAAAAUCUUCAAAGCCCACUUUGUCUCGUAUCUUGUACUCGGCGGCAUCGCUCUUUCGAGCAACGUUUGCUCCUCUUCAGCACUUCGAGCCGGCGCUUUAAUUGAAACCGACUCAUUAACGACACAAGUCAAAUGUUCAAAUUUCCAUUUGAAAACUCCGUUUAACGACUUGUAUUACUUGAUAAUUAAUCCAGUCAUUAAUUUGCUUGCUGAUCAAUGAAGGGAAGAUUCGUAAAACAAUAGAACUAUUGUACUAAACAUUUUUUAUUAUUUCAUUGGGACCCAAAACAAAAGGUGAAUUUUAGAAAUCAUUUAUAAACCUCGUGAUUGGGCUUUAUCGGUGCCUAUAGCCGCUCGCCUUCGGCUCGCGUCUAUAUGCACCGAUAAAGCCCUCUCACUCGGUUUAUAAAUAGUACAUAUAUAUAUAUAUAUAUAUAUAUAUAUAUAUAUAUAUAUAUAUAUAUAUAUAUAUAUAUAUAUAUAUAUGAAUAUUCUUGUUCGUGCUUGUUAUCUAUUUAUAUAAUAAUGAUAAUAAUAAUAAUAAUAAUAAUAAUAAUAAAUCAAGUAUGUACCUGCCUGUACCUGCCCUUAGAACAUACAUUCUAAAGUUUUUUUAAGAACCAGCCUGAAGUGAUCCUGUUUUUUGCUGCUUUAUUUCCUAAAUGUCAGACUGAUGCAUGGUUUUUAACUCUCUGGUUCUUUUAUGCGGGUUUUGCCGCACAAGAUCUCAAAAUCUAUGGUUUAUAAAAAUGGAGAGGUUAAGAGGACUUCCACUAGCUUCCUUCACUGGCUCAGUACGUAUCUGAUUGGUUAAUCGGACCGGGAUAUAUCACACACCUCUGAUUGGUUAAUGGGCCCGUAAUGGUUACUGUUGUGGCAGUGGAAGUCAAAUCUGAACCUCUCUAUAGACUUAUAUAGCGACAACGACGUCUGAAGCUCCUGUUUUAUUUUUUCUCAUGGGUGAGGCCCCUAUUAACUCUUGUGUGGUUGAAGGUUAAUUCCUUCUAUCAUCGUAAACUUCUGUAAUCCACUUUUAUUUGAAUUUGUAGAGGCAAUAGGACGUCUUGGUGGUAUGAAGGUAAAACUGACUAAUGUUAAUUUUAAAAUGUGAAAAUUGCACCUUUGCAUUGGUUGGUAAUUCGCUUUAAAGUUAACUAACCCAUGCAUGGUAUUUGUUAAAUACUGUAUGAAGAAUGUAUGAUGUAAAUUACUAUCACUGAUGGUGUCAAUAAUAUAAUGAACUAAACGUACCCAGUCAUGCGCAGAAGCAAAUUACAUCAAGCAAUCCAGACCUUAUCUUGUCCCGUACUAAGAAAUGCAAGACUGUAACCUACCAGACCUCCUUCAUCAACAGAACAACGAGAAUAUGGAACAUUGUUCCUAAUGACCUUGAACAACAGUCUCUUUCCUUGUCCACAAUUAAAUAUUUACUUUACAGAUAUUACACUACUGCUAUCAAUAUAAACUAUGAAUCUGAAAAUCCCCAGACUUGGAAAUCAAUCUGCUUCAAAUGUAACGCUGCUGGUAGUCUUGCUACUCCACUCUCUUGUUGUUCCUGAUAUAGUUGUAUUUGUUCUCGUAAAUUAAGUUAUGUUAAUGUAAUUAUAUAUUUAUAUAGUAUUUGUAAAAUAGGGUCCACAGUAAUUGGUUUUUACACUAACGUUGUGGUGACCCUGCCACUCUUUUAUGUGGUAAAGUUAUAAUAAACAUUAUAAUCCGACAUCGUUUAGCGGAUAUAUAGUGAAAACCUUAGUCUAGAGUGAAAACUAGGGCUGUUUACAAUACAUCUAGAUGAUCGUCUAUAAUUCUUAUAGAUAGAAUUAUAAAACAAUAUUUUAUGGUGUAUUAUUUUGCAACAGAUUCCCGAUUUCAUCAACAUGACUGAAAAGGAAUUUCAAGUUUACUUUGGUGAAGUACCUGGCAAUAAAGGUAAUAUUGCACAUCUAAAGCUACGCUGA